CAGGGUAGAUAGGAGCGAGGAAGGCGCUGCACUCGACGUGCAAUCCGCGCGCCCUGUCUAACGAGUAGGCGUCGCACUCUUGUCCGCCCUCCCCUUCGCAAAAGCAACACGCACAGAGACUGGCGGGUUUUUUUGCGGGACCGGUAUUGCUGCUGCUGUUGUUGCUGGCAGCACGCCCCUCCAGUUCCAUUCCGACGCACCUGUCCCUACACCCUGCAAUCUCCACCGCCCAUGCCCCCUCAACCUUGACCGGUAAUGGCAGUCAGCCAGAUAGGUAAGCGACCGGACGUCGCGCCCACCACCGCAUUACCCGAGCGGGCCGACGCGGAUCAACGGGCUGCACAGCCAGUCCGAGUCGGGCCUCAAGACGCACCGAGUCAUUUGGCGGCGAGGGCACACGGGCGCGCGUCCGUGCAUGUAUACCGUUUAUUAGCCAACCGUGGCGGGCGGGCGCAAAGAGAAGGCAAAAAAAGGGCAAUAUUGGGCAGUAGUGUGCCAGAGGUGGCACACGAGUCGAGUCGAGUCGAGGCGCGGGAGAGUGGACGCGGCGCGGCGCACCCCCACGUGCGCGCCCGGCCGCCGUGGUUGAGCCAAACACUCCUGCUCGAAGGAGCAGCGCCCGCAGUGCCCGACGGCAAUGAUCCUCGCUGCCGGAGGCACGGAUCGCCGCGCGCUCGAGCCAGUCGCCGCGCUGUGUUGGGCGGACGUGGGCUCCGUACGGGAGGGCGAGCGCGGGUGCGCGGCCUGGCGGGCUCGGCGUGCGAAUUGAGGCAGCGAGGCGAGGCGAGGCGAGUCACGUCGCGUCUUGUCGCUGCUGGGCAGCAGCAUGCUGCUGCGAGUCUGAGUACGAGCAGUUAGGUAGGGCGGCGCCGGCGAGUCGUGCGCUGCUCGACUCGACCCGACGCGCGGGCA